AUGCAAAAAUCAAAGGUCGAUCAACAACUUGGUAAGUUCUUGGCCAUGGUCAAGAACCUUGAGGUAACCGUUCAUUAUACUGAUUUAAUUUCCCUAGUACCUGUGUAUGUUAAGUUUUUGAAAGAUAUGAUUAUUAAGAAGAAGGAUUUUGGUGGUAUAGAUAGAGUUUCUCUAAUUGAAGAGUGCAAUGUUGUAUUACAGAAUAAAAUCUCACCAAAACUCAAGGAUCCUGGUAGUUUUUUCAUCUCUUGUCAUGUAGGUGCUUUAUUUAUUGAUAACGCUUUAUGUGGUCUAGGAGCUAGUGUAUCUGUUAUGACUUUAUCUAUUUUACUAGACAUGGAAGAGGAUAGUCAAAUCCCCAUCAUCUUGGGUAGACCUUUCUUAUGUACUGCUGGUGCUGUUAUUGAUGUCAAAUCUGGUUCUCUUACUUUGAGUGUUGGCGAUGAUACUGUGACUUCUAAGCUUUCUAAUGCUCUAAAGUCUCCUAUGCUUGAGAACACUUGUUGCAGGAUUGAUGUUAUAGAGGAGAUUGCUAGAUAUGAUGCUCCUCGAGCCUUGUUAGAUGAUCCAUUGGAGGCUAUUCUUACUUUUGGCGCCUCGAAAGGAGAAGGUGAUGAUGAGGCAACUACUUUUCUCCAUGAUUUAGAUGACUUUAACACUAAUGAGGCUGAAGGUUUUGAGGUAAUGCAGACCACUUGUUCCACUUCUAAGCCACAAGUAAAGAAGGUAGAAUUAAAACCAUUACCCUCUUACCUUAGAUAUGCAUUUCUUGAUGAUACACUAGUAGAAUAA